AUGCCGACACCAACGCAUGCCAGUCAGGUAUAUGCAUUUCUUCGUCGAAAUUAUCGAGUUUCACGAAAUACUCGAGCUCUUUGGCAGUUUCAACAGAUUGCUGCAUCUCCAUCAAAUCUAGUGCGCAUUCCAACAUCAGAGGAAAUUACACAAUCAUCGGAUGAAAUUGUCCUUGUCUCGGCCGUAGACGAUAAUGGUACACCAAUACCACCAUCAUCAAACAUUCUUUGCACUAGUUCAACACGUUUUUCUUAUUUUACAACACGUUAUAAAUUUGCAUUCAUUCUUGAUAUGACUGAUUCAUGUGCGUCAGUAUCUAUUGAUGGUGGUCAUAUCUAUUUAGAAUCAUUAACAAAUUGUCUAUGUAUACUUUUGUUUUCUCUUGCUCAAACAUUUACAUUACCAGGUUGUGAUUUAAAAUUUCAACCUGAAAUAGAUAUAUCUGUUUAUGUCUAUUUUCCAUUACAUCGUACACCAAGUCAUCAAGUAUUGAUUCAUGGAUAUCGAUUAACAUGGUCAACAUUAAAAAAUGUUUGUCAUGACAUAAUAAAUAAUUUAAAAGAAGCUACUGAACUUCUACAUAAUGUCAUGAGUAUUAAUCAAACAUUUAAUAAACAGUCAAUAUCGUCUACAAUGGAUUCCGAUGAUAAUAUCAAUUCACAUCUAAAUACAAUUUAUUCAAAUAGUGAAUCAUCAUGUGCUAUUAUAAAUAUGCUUAGUUAUGGUAUAACAGCUUUACAAUUAAUGCCUGAAGAAUCAAUACCAGCAUUAGUUAUUAUAACCGAUGGUAUACUUGAUGUACCAAAUUUAUCAGCAUUUGAAGUUGUUAUGAGACAAAUUCGAGCACGUAUAAUAAGUUGUUCAUUUGUUCAAAUUGGUUCAAAUAAUAAUCAACAACAAUCAACAAAUAAUAAAGUUUUAAAUGCACCUAUAGCUAGUCUAGGACAUGUACCAAAUGAAGAAUUAUUAAAAUUUAUUAGUCUAUCAACAUUUGGUUCAUUUAUAUAUUUUGAUGUUGAUAAUAUUAGUUGUGAUGAAUUAACAUUAUUAACACGUUUAUCUUCUCGUGAAUAUGAAUUAUUAAAUGUUUGUAAAAGAAUAAAUGAAUUUCAAAAUGAACUUUUAUCAUGGGGUUUUCAUAAAGCUGUUGGUGAACAUAAUUUAUCAUUAUCAAAACGAAUAUCAAAUGGAUCAUAUAGUAUUAAUGAUGAUAAUAAUCGAAAUAGUAAAUUAAAUGCAAUAUGUUUACCCAUAUCAUGUAAAUUAGUUAAUCAAACUGUUCUUCAAACAUCAUUAGAAAAUGUUCUUUCUUUACGUUUACGUGAAGGUUAUACGAUUCGACGUGUUCAAAUACAAAAAGAUGAAAUUGAAGUUCAUCUUGUUUUACCAUGGCAUUAUGAUAUUCAAAUUUAUUAUACAGCUCGUUCUUUGUGGCCACUUGAAAAUAGUAUAAGAACAGAUAUACGAGUUUAUAAAGAAGCACCAAUCUAUUUUCUUCAAGAAUUAAAUCAAUUAUCUUAUAGUCAUACAUCAAAAACUAUUAAUAUUAUGCGUAAUAAUCUUAUUCGACGAUAUAAUGAUGUUAUACAAACUGUCUCAGUAGCUGAUCGACAUUUAACACUAAUUAAUACUUUUGCUCGAGAUCCAUCUUAUUAUCGUGUACCUGAAACAAUUAAACGUGGAAAAUCUAUUUUUUAUCUGACACAAAAUGAUUUACAACAAACACUUUUAAAUGUUAAAGAUACAGAUCUUCAAACAUUUGCUGAUUUUUGGCGUCCGAUCGUUAUACUUGACGGAUCAUUAUGGCAACGUUUUAUGUAUACACAUAAUUUAACAAUGAUCUUAGUAAAUGAUCCACUUUCAAAUUCAUUAUUUCUUAUGAAUAAUCAUUUAUCACAAUCACAUAAUCAACAACAUUCGACAGUUUCAUGUCGUAUAGCUAAAAAUGAUUUCGAAUCAUUUUUAUCUGAAUAUUUUUCUUUUGUUCUUCUUGACGGUCAAGCUUAUAUUAAAUUUCUUAUACAUGAUAAUAGUGAAGGUAUUCCAUAUAGUUUUAUGUUGUUACGUAUUAUGGGACAACCUCCGUUACUCUAUCUUAAAUUUGCUUUUCAAGCAAAAGCAACAACUGUUGAACGGCAUAGAAUAAUGGAAGAUUUUCGUUCUAAUCUUAUUCGUCUUCGUCCACGUUCACGAAUGAAAUCUGGAAAUCCUAAUGAAAAUAAUCGUAAACAACAAACAUCAACACCUCUUUCAUCUAAUAAUAGUAGUAGUAGUAAUAAUAAUAAUCAACGAUCCUUAACAUCGUCAACACUUUCAAUUCAUCCACGAAAUACAACACCAUGUUGUGUUGUUUUAAAUAAAAAUAUUGAACGAUUAAUGCUUAAACCAGAUCCAUUUCCAUAUGAAUCACUUGGUAUUCCAAAACUUGAUGAUGAUGAUAUACAACAUAAACAUCGAACAGAAUUAGAUUCAAAACGACAAGCAUUAUCAAAAUUUUUUUAUAUACGUACAUUUGUACGUUCAUUUGAAAGUAUCAAACAUUCAUCAAAUAUUCCUAAACGUAUAGCAGAUAUUAUUCUUGAUACAUUUAUAAGACGACGACUUCAAGAAGGUUUUCACUUUGUAGCAACACAUAAUAAUAUUCAUAAUCUUGUUCUUGAAGUUAAAAUGAAUACACCAAAAGAAGAAUACUCAAAAGAUAUAUUUCGAUUAAAUUCCGAUAUUAAUUUCUAUCCUGAUGAAAGAGCACGAACAUGUCUUGUACAAUAUAGAAUUUAUCCAGUUGAAUGUGGUCGUUUAAAUGAUACAAAUCAUUCACAUGAAAAUCGUUCAAUGUCAUUACGACGUUCAUCAAGUAUUUAUUGUGAUCAACCAACAUGUUAUUAUUUUCUAACUCAAUGUUGGGUUGAACCACAAGAUGGUUUUGUUGAUACUAAUUGUCCUGAACUUGAAUUUCUUAAUCAAUGCACUUACAAACAAAUUGUUGAUAAGAUCGGUGAAGUUGAUCGAGAAUGUUUCAAUACACUUGUUUCAUUCUAUUUCGUCAAAUAUUUACAAGAACGAAGUUUAUCUUUGACAAAACCUGUAUUACGUGCACCACGAGCAUUAACAUCUGAUGUAAUUCGAGUACCAUUUAUUCAAGAUACAAUUAAUCUUAUACGUCGUUCACAUCAAACUCAUUUUGAUUUUUCUGCUUUUAUUGAUGAUUAUUUUAAAAUAAAACAUGAUUAUAUCAAUAAUAAUGGUUCACUUGUAUCACCAAGUCUUAAUUCAACAUUACUUAGUGUACUUCGUGAACGUCUUUGUUCAAAAACAUAUGAAAUUAAACCACAAUUAUUUACUGAACUUAAUGAUAAUAAUAAUGCAUUUACACGUAUAUUAAUAUCACGAUCAAAUCAUUCAAAAACACAUCGUUUACCAAUUGGUUUAAAUACUUUAAAAUCAAAUCCAUAUUUACUUUAUUUAUUAAAUUAUAAUCAACAACAACAACAAACAACUAAAGUAUUAACUGAUCUUGAACAUUAUCUUACUGAUAUGUUAUUUCCACAUUGGGAUUUUCUUGUUUGUGCUGAAAGUGAUGAAUAUGUUUAUAUGAUAUUAUUACCAAAAAGUGAACGUGAUUUACUUUUAUUAAAUACUGAUUUAAAUAUACUUAUGCAUGAUCUUAUUGCUCAUUAUUCAAUGAAUCAUAUUGAUCAAGGAAUGCCUAUUUAUGAUGAUUGUCGUUUUGUUAUGGAUGGUUUAAUGGAUGCCAUUGAACAGAAUCUGGAAUCAUUAUCAUUAUUGUCCACAAUGGAUAAAUCACAGAAUCAAGCUAAUGAAGAUCAAACAAGUAAAAAUGCUCAACGACGUCGUGCACGUCGAGAUACAUUUACGUCAGCUGAUUUAGUAGUACCUCAUGGUACACAUUCAUCAUUGACCAAUGAUAGAACUACACCGUCUUCAUCACCAAUUCCUAUAAGUCAUAUUCUAUCUCAAAAUUUUCAUCACGCAUCUUCUCAACCAACAACUACAGGUUAUCGUCGUAUAUAUUCUCCACUAACAGUUGAUACCAAUAACGGAUCACAUAUUGAUCCAUUACAUCGUCGUUAUUCAGCAUCAGCUGUUGUAUCACCAUCUAUUCAUCCCCAUCCUCAUCCUCAUUCUCAUUCUCAUUCUCAUCCUCAUCCUCACCUUCAUCCUCAUCAUCAUGGUCUUCAAGUUCCACCUUCAUUUCACAUUAUUCCACCAUCACCGCAAGAAAUGUUAUCACGUGAUGCUUUGAAAAAAAUCUUUGAACAUCAAUGGCAUAUUCCAAUAUUUUUAUAUGGUUGUAAUAAAUUACGUUUAGCAUCAUCAUUACUAUCAUCUAAUGAACAACAAUCGAGAAAUCUUUGGUGUGAUACUUAUAUUGAUUAUACUAAAGAUGAUAAUGAAUCAACAAAUGGAACAACAACGACAACUACAACAGUAUUACCAAAUUUAAAACCUCGAAAACGAGAUAAUUCUCGUCGACAUGACGAUGAUAUAGCAUUUCCUCCUGAAAAAUUAAUUGAAGAUAUGCGUGAUUCACUUGAUUAUGCUUUUGCAACAGCAUUUUAUAAAAAUUGUUUACUUGAUUUAACAACAAAUCGUUCAGAUGUUGACUAUGCAUUAAAUACAAUCUAUCAAGAACAUUAUGAAGAUAUUGAUUUGACACCAUUUCUUAGAGCAAUGUGUUCACAUUUAUCAAAUAAUGAAGAAAAAUUAUUAGAACUUGAUACUCUUUGUGAACCAACAACAAAACAUAUCAAUUCUUAUUUAAAUGCAAAAUUUCUUGAAAUAAUUAAUAAAUUUUUUCAUCGUGUAUCACCUGAUUCGGAUUAUUUUUAUUAUUGUACUGAUGAAGAACGUUUUCGACAAAGUCGUAAUUCAAUUGAACUAGAAGAUCGUUUAACACAUAAUAACAGCAGCAGCAACAACAACAAUAAUAAUAAUAGUACAAAUAAUAAUAAUAAUAAUAACAAUAAUAAUAAUGAAUUACAAUCAACAUCAGGACCAUACCAAUUUGAUGAAACAAAUGGAUAUGAUCAUGAAAUUGAUGAUGAUGACGAUGAUCGAGAUAGUAAUGGAACUGUUCAUAUACAUGAUAAUAAUGAUGAUGAAGAUCCAGAAUUACAAUUAACAACAAAUCGUCGUCGUUCAGAUGUAUCGUCAAGUUCAUUAUCAACUCGUUCAAGAGAUUUAUGUGUACGAGGUGAAAUUUUGCCAUUAUUUAUUCUUUUUGAUUGUCGAUUAGUUACAAAAGAUUUUGAUUGUAAUACACAAGUUAAAACUAUUCCACUAUGUAUAAGUAAUUUAGUUACAAAUGAAUGUGAAACAAAUCUCGAUGAUGAUAGUUUACGUGUUUCAUUUGGUUUAAUUUGUUUAACAUUUGGACGUGAAGAUGUUGAUUCACAAGGUACUAAUAUGGGUGGUAUCACAACAAAUACACCAACAUUUAAUAAUGCAUAUUUAUCAGCAAAACGAUUUCAAGAAUUAAGUGCUAUUGAGGCUAUUGAUAAUACCAGUACUUGUACUGGCACAACUAUGGGUGGAGAAUUAAAUAAACAUCCUUUGGAUAAACUUCGAUUAUCUGAUGCACAAAGACGUGCGAUUUCUUCAUGUCGACGAGAGAUCGAAUGGCUUUUACGUGAUGAACAACUUUCAACAUAUUUUACUCGUCGUACACUCGAUAAAAAAUUAAUUGAAAAUGUUAUUGAACAUGUUCAAAGUUCAGUUAAUAUUAAUAAAUCAAAUUGUCUUUGUCGUUCAAUUGAUCUUAUGUUUGUACUUGGUAUUGAUAAGUCGAUUGAUCCAUUUCUUGAUGAAUUAAGAAAUAUUCGUAUUCGAGAAAAAUAUAUGCUAACAAAAUGUGGAAAUUAUUUUGUCUUACUCGAACCAAGUCAACAAACUUUGAAUGAAAUUAAUCCAAAGCGUAAACCAGCUUUAUCAGUUACUUCAAAUGAUGAUCAAUCAUCAGCUACUAUGGAAGAUAGUUCAGUUUCUGAUGGUUCAUUAAUGGAUGAUGAUGAAGAAAGAAAAUCUAUAGAAGAUGAACUUGAUGAUUAUAUAAAACCAUCAUUUUGGCUUUUUAUUGAACGAAAAAAGAAAACAUCAUCUCAUGUUGAUUUACUUGAAAUGAAAUUUUAUCUUUAUUGCGGAUCAUCAUCUGAUACAACACAAAAAUCUUGUGAGCCUCAAGCAAUAUUAGAAGAAUUAAUUGAUGAAUUUAAUAAAUUAUGUCGUACAAUUAAUCAAAAAUUAUUAUUAGAUGAUUUAGCAGCAACUGGAUUAUGUAAUUCAUUAUUAGUACCACCCGGUGAAAAUGAUGAUACAAGUCUGGAUGCUGAUGCACCAGUUUUAACAGCUAAUUUAAGUAUACCACCUGGCACUUUUGCUUGUGAUGAAUUAUGGAAUCAUUCAUUUCCACUUCAUUUUCGUCUUCGUCCACAUCUUCAUGCAACAUCAAGUUUAAAACCAUCAUCUGGUUAUCAUCCUGGUUCACUUAUACGUGAAUUAACAACACAUUUUGGUUCAUUAGCUGUACAUAAUAGAAAAAAUUUAUUUGGUUAUGUUGGUCAAAAUAAUUAUUAUUAUAUGAGAUUUCGAGAAGAUACUCUUCCACCUACAAUACCUAAUUAUGUUGAUGAUUCUUUAAUACUUAGUGAAAGUAAUAAUACAUGUUAUGCACCACCAUCACCACAAAUAAAUAAUCAAAAUAAUUCAAAUCCCACUACUGCUAUGAAAAAUCGUCAACGACAUGGUUCAGGUACUUUUUGUAUUCAUGUAAUGCUCUAUGGAUUAGCAUCGGCGACUACUGAUCCUAAAUUUGAAACUGUAAAAAGUAACCUUGUUCAAUCGAUUGUUACUCGAUUAGAAGAUGAAGUUGUUAAAGAACUUGUCAAUGCUUUAUAUCAUUUUGCAAUGACACGUUUAAAUCCUGAUGACAUUACUUUCAUUCGACCUAUUGAUAGUGAACCAAAGCAUAUUUUUGAAUAUAAAAUCUCACCAUUAAUUAAUACAAAUGUAUUUUUAUAUUAUUUUCGACGUUAUAUUAAAACAAAUCAAUUUCAUCAACCUCUUCUAUUACCUGUACUUGCCAAAGAUCUUAAGGAAAUAAUAAAAGAUUAUCGUGGACAAACAUUAAUUGUUUAUAAUCGUACAUAUAAUAUUGGAAUUCCUCGACCAGGUCUUGCAUGGAUUGAAUUACAUGUAUUAAAUCCAAGUAAUCGUCCAAGUCCUUUAUCAACAGAAGAUUUAUCUGAUGAAUUAACUAUGGCAUCACUUAUUGAUUUAAUUCAUAUUGUCGAACGAAAACCUUCUUCAAUAAGCAUAACAAGUGGAGAUAUAGAUUUAUCCGAAAAUAUUCUUCGUUGCCAUGUUUGGGCACGUGGUAGUCACACUGAAAUUGAUCAAAAUCUUAUGUCACAUACAUUAUUACAAGCAUUUACCUUUGCAUUAGCUGAUUAUGUUACCGAAUAUAAACUUUUACCAACACUUUAUAAUAAUCAAAGACAUGGGCCAUUCGAUCCACCAUCAUCACCUCGUUCAAUGAAUGCAAUUAAGUUUAUCGAUGAAUCAAAUUUUGUUCUUGAUCGAAAUGUACCAACUGCACAUACGUAUGGCGCUGAUGCAGUUGUAACAAUGUCUACAGUACAAUCGAGACGUCAUUCGACAAAUAGUACUGGUGGUAUAUUUAGUAUUUUCAAUAAAGGAAACAGACCUGUUGGUCCACAUUCACCUAUCAAAUUACAGCGUCAAGAAUCAGCUCAAAGUUCAAUGUUAAGUAGUUCAUCAAUUGAUGAACCACAAUCACUUACAGUUGGACAUGUUAAUCGUUUAACAUCAUGGUUUCAAUAUUUAAGUACACAUCAUCCAAAACUUCCAUCUGUAACAUGUUGUUCUUAUACGUUAGCUAAUCGAAUACUUCUUAUGGAUAUUAUACAUAAUUUUACAUCAUGGCUCAACGAACAAAAAAUUCCAGCAUAUAAACAUGAAUCAUUACAUGGAAUGAUAUUUCGUUGUAAUCAAGAACAAACUUUAUAUCUACCAAUAUCAGGAUUAGAUCAAAUGCCGACACGUAUGCCUGGUGAGCAACUUGAUCUUAUUGUAUUAUAUCAAAGUACUAAAAUGAUUAACGACGUAAUUAUUGAAAAUAUUGAACCAUCACCUCAACAAGAAUCUGGUGAUGCAAUGGCAUUAGCAAAUAGUUCUGAUAUUCCUAAACAAAUAUUUCUAUGUAUUGUUGCCAAUGAUAAAAAAUUAACAAUGAUUUUAUAUAAUGCACCUGAUGAAUUAACAAAAUUAUUAACAAAUUAUUUUUCAAAUUUAAUUAGUUGGUCAAAUAAACGUUUAGGUGUUUUAAAUAUAAUUGUAACACAAAAAAUGGGUCUUUUUCGUUAUCGAUCAUUUCAUCAGGAUCCACAUUCAGAAUAUAAUCGUCAUCAUGGACAACAUGGAACAACAAAUAAACAUUCUAUAAAAAGUGAUCAUGUUGAUCUUGAACAAUUAAUUAAAGAAACUUUACCACCAAAAACAAGAAAUACUUAUACAUCAUGGAAUAUUGAUUUACUUUAUUGUAAUUUAAUUGGUCCAUAUCCAUCCUUAUCAAAUGAUUUAAGUCAAGAUCUUGUUCAACGACAUGGAACACAAUUACUUCAACUUAAAGAAAAUAAAAAAAUUCAUAUGGAUCGAUGUACUAAACUAGAAGAAAUAUGUUCAAAUUGGGUACUCAAACCAAAAUUAUCGAUUGCAGAUGAUGUAUUAACUCAAAUGAAACAUCGUUCACGAUUAUUAACUAUAGGUGUUGUACCUAUACUUUUUUCUCGAGUUUCUCGACAAUUUUUUCAAAAUAAUUCAACAUUACGUACAAAUAAUACAAUUUGUUUGGAUGUUUCCACACCAGCAGCAGCAGCAGUUGGAGUUUCACCGGCUUAUCGCAUGGCAAAUAAACGCAAAUCCGUUGCCAUUCCUGUCGAUUUUGCUCUACGCCGAUCUGUGCAAUCGGUUCAUGAGAGUGAUUAUCAAAUCGCUCAAAAUCAAUUAACACGUUUUGAUACAAUUCGUUUCAAUAAUCUUGAACAACAAUAUGUUCAAAUAACUGCAUCAUUUAUUGAACAACUUUCUAAUCAUCUGCAAACACCUUAUAAAUUUCAUCAAAUAAACACAAAAUCACUUCCUCGAAAAAUUCCUCGUUCAUCAUUUGUUCAAUCACCAACUGAAUAUAAUUUUCAUCGUUCUGAUCCUAAUCGACGUGCAACAUUACUUGCUGAAUUAUCAUUAUUAAAUAAUGUUCAAAUUAUUAUACGUUUUCUUCAAUAUGAUAUUAUUAAAAUACCAACAAAUAAUCAAUCAUUAGCAAUAACACAUUUUCGACAAAUUCCAAAUGAUUCAUUUUGGAUUCCUGAACAAGCAGAACUUGAUGCAUUUGUUUAUGAUUUUCAUCUUCAAACAAUAAUACGCUAUCUAAAAAAUUCAAAAGAUGCACAAUUAUUUCCAACAGAUUUUUCAUUAAUUACAUUUUUACAAGAUUUUAUUGAAUAUUAUCCAAAUGCACCGAUUGGAUCAAAAACAGCUUUAUUUAAAACUAUUAUUCAUCAUCAAAUUGAUAUUGGUAAACGUUCAGCUGAUGCUUAUUUAUUCAAAUAUGUACUGGAACACGCAACUACAUAUAAUAUUCAAAUUGCAAAACGAAAUUCUGAUGAAUAUCUGUACGAUAAUGAUCUCAAAGAUAUUUAUUGGAUGGCUGCUCGUACAACUCCAGCAUCAUCUUCUGAAUUGACAGUUGUUAUGUAUAUUAUCUAUACAAAUUUAACACCGAAACAACACACUUCAACAAAUAUAAGUGCACCAUCUUUAAAUAGAAUAUCUAUUCCUUCAAUAAGUAAUCAACGAAUGGGAAAUAGUUUCAAAAAUAAUACAAAUAAUAAUCAAAUGAGAGAACGUGCAUCAACUAUAUUACCAUCAUCUACAAAAACUAAUCUUGUUGUACCAAUUCGAUCAAGUUCAUUUGGUUCAGAACAAAAUAUUGGUAAUAAUAUUCCUACUGAAAGAAAUGUGGAAUUUUUCAAAUCAAAAUUAACAUGUAUAUUAAAUAAAGCAUCAUUAUCACAUCGUCGUGAAAGUUUAUGGGAAAGAUUAAUUGCUUCUCGAUCUGAUAGUUCUACAGCUGGACGUCAAGAAGUAAUACCAAUACAUAUAAAUGAAUUUCAAGCAUUAUUAGAUUCGUGUAUUGGUGAUGAAACAAUUGAAUUGAAAACGAUUACUUCAUUGUUACAACGCGUAUUUAAUAAUAAAGAACAAUCGGAAAGAUUGCAUCGAUUUUUACGUUCACGAUAUGGUUCACAAUUUCAUACGAUUAAUUCAUCAACAGUUCAUUAUCUAGUCACCUUUCAAUGUAAAGCUCCACAACAAUGCGAUGCAUUCCUUGUUCUUAUCUAUCGAUCGGAUCAAAAUAAUCUAAAAUCGUACUUAGUCAAACAUCGGAAUGAUAUCGAUUGUGCAACAUUUAUACAAACGUUUACACAAAGAAUUACCUAUUUUCUUUGGGAAUGUUUGAUUUAG